GUUGUGUGUUCGCCAAAGGGAGAGUCAGACGGGUAGUCUGGAGUUAAGUGGUAAACAAGGAUGGGGGUGUGGGCUUGGACUGUACCGUUAUUAGCCCUGCUAUACGGGGCCUGUUUGCCGUGGACAACAGGUUUGCAGUGCAUUUGUCACCAUUGUGUUAAAGAAAAUUUCACCUGUGAAACAGAUGGAGUUUGUUAUGUUUUCAAACCUACAGUUGAUUCCCCCGUGUCAACCAGUUGCCUGUUUGCUGCUGAUUUGAUUCCUGCAGAUCGACCGUUCAUUUGUGCUCAGUCCAUGAAAGCGGGAGUUAAAACUUUAUCUAAAUGCUGCAGCGAAGACUUUUGCAAUACACCAGCUCUUCUUGAACUCCCAGUCUCCACUCCAGAUCCUAGUGCAAAUAACCUGGGACCAGUAGCCCUGGCUGCAGUAAUUGCAGUACCAGUUUGUGUUGUAUGUAUUCUGCUGAUGAUGGUAAUGUACAUCUGCCAUAGCCGUUCAGUCCUUCAUCACCGUGUCCCUAAUGAAGAGGAUCCUACACUAAAUCGUCCUUUUAUAUCUGAGAGUACUACCCUGAAAGAUUUAAUUUAUGACAUGACCACUUCAGGAUCAGGAUCAGGUCUCCCCCUGUUAGUUCAAAGGACAAUAGCAAGAACAAUUAUAUUACAGGAGAGCAUUGGAAAAGGACGUUUUGGGGAAGUUUGGCGAGGCAAAUGGAGGGGAGAAGAAGUUGCUGUCAAAAUCUUUUCUUCUCGUGAAGAACGUUCUUGGUUUCGUGAAGCAGAGAUUUACCAGACAGUAAUGCUGCGUCAUGAAAACAUCCUGGGUUUCAUUGCAGCAGAUAAUAAAGACAAUGGAACUUGGACUCAGCUCUGGCUUGUAUCCGAUUAUCAUGAACACGGAUCACUUUUUGAUUACUUAAAUAGGUAUACUGUCACAGUUGAGGGGAUGAUUAAACUGUCCCUUUCAACAGCUAGUGGGUUAGCCCAUCUUCAUAUGGAGAUUGUAGGAACUCAGGGCAAACCUGCCAUUGCCCACAGAGAUUUGAAGUCAAAGAACAUUUUAGUGAAAAAGAAUGGUACAUGCUGUAUAGCUGAUCUAGGCUUGGCAGUAAGGCACGACUCGGCAACAGACACAAUUGAUAUUGCUCCCAAUCACAGAGUAGGAACUAAAAGGUAUAUGGCUCCAGAAGUCUUGGAUGAUUCUAUAAAUAUGAAACAUUUUGAAUCUUUUAAAAGAGCGGACAUUUAUGCCAUGGGUUUGGUUUUCUGGGAAAUUGCACGAAGGUGUUCUAUAGGGGGCAUUCACGAAGAUUAUCAGCUGCCGUAUUAUGACCUGGUUCCUUCAGAUCCAUCUGUAGAAGAAAUGAGGAAGGUUGUGUGUGAACAGAAACUCAGGCCUAAUAUUCCAAAUCGAUGGCAGAGCUGUGAGGCCUUGCGUGUAAUGGCAAAGAUAAUGCGUGAAUGUUGGUAUGCCAGUGGAGCAGCUAGACUAACAGCACUGCGAAUCAAGAAGACGUUAUCUCAGCUCAGUCAACAAGAGGGCAUAAAAAUGUAAACACAGUCCAACAACUUAUCCAUUCGGUGCUUGAAGGGUUCAGCUGAUUGGUUUUGUUUGGUCACUGAAGAGGAGCAUUAAAAUGAAGGCGCCUUUUAAUUUCAACUCCUGGGUUGCAGUAUUUGGGUACUCUGAAAGGGAUACUUGUUCUACCUCACUGAGGGAACAGAAGCUGGAUCUUGUUGCCUUUCACAUUAUAUAGGAUCACAAAAGAAAGAAGCUAAACUAUUGGAUCCUUUCUGUGCACUAUGAACACCUCCUCACCCAGGACAUCUUACAGACAUUGAUGUAGUUAGCUUUAUUUUUUAACAAUAUUUAGAACAA